GCAUCACAGGGUAAACGGCAGGUAUGACGUUUUGUUGUUGAUAAUAUCCCGGUAACGGGAAGAACAAGAAGAAGAAGAAAUAUAGAGAGAAUGCACUUCAUGGAUCGAUAUACUAAUCUGAUGAUACCGUUAUGCAUUCAGCCAUGCCUCUAGCCUGUGCUUUGCACACCACCAGCCGUUGAACCAGUGUUCCUCCACUUGGUGGAUGCUCUUCCUCCUUCAAAGCCUCAGUUUCUCUCAUUUCCCCCAUCAGGCCCAGAGUUCCCUAUGUUAACUAUUUUGAGCAUGUUUUAUUAUAUUUGUCUGCGCCGACGCUCCAGGAGUGGGACUCGAGGCGAGGCUCUGACUAGUCGCCGUGCCGUGGAGUCUGGCCAACGGGCGGUGGUUCCAGUCAGUGUGGAAUUGGAGCAGUAUGCAAAAGAGGUUCUGGACUUCAGCUCCCACUAUGGUAGUGAGAACAGUAUGUCCUACACCAUGUGGAACCUGGCUGGAGUACCCAACGUCUACCCCAGCUCAGGUGACUUCACCCAGGCAGCUGUAUUCAGAACUUAUGGGAAAUGGUGGCAACAAUGUGCCAGUACUCCACCACCUUUCCGGCGCACCCCUAAAGACUUCCACAGCCGGGAUUAUAUUGAGCUGGGCUUCGAGGAGCCAGUCUAUCCAACAGCAGUGGAGGUGCUUGAGACUUAUUACCCAGGAGCCAUUGUCCAGAUAUUGGCCUGCUCUCACAACCCCUUCUCCCAGAACCCACCCACUGAUGUCAGGUGGGAGGUGCUGUGGUCAGGGGAGCCCACAAAGGCGCUGACACCGCAGGCACGCCAGUUUUCCCCCAGCAUCAAACUUAUCAGCUUCCCCACCAACCUGCUACGUCUGGAGGUCAACAGCUCUUUACUGGACUACUACACUGAGCUGGAUGCUGUUAUUCUCCACGGGGUGAAAUACCGGCCCUUGCCGGCCCUUUAUAAGCUGCACGUCAUUGACAUUAAUGAUGUCAGUGACGGUGAGGAGGAGCUGUCUGAUUUGGCUUUCAGGCAAGGCAGUGACGGCAAGAUCCAGAGGACAGAAAAUGGCUACUUUGACAAGCUACCAUAUGAGCUCAUCCAGCUGAUACUGAGCCACCUGACCCUGCCAGACCUCUGCCGUCUGGCCCAGAGCUGUAAGCUGCUGUACCAGCACUGCUGUGACCCACUGCAGUACACCCAGCUGAGUCUGCAGCCUUACUGGGCCCGGCUGAGUGACGCCUCCUUGGGACACCUGCAGAGCCGCUGCACCCUCCUCCAGAGGCUCAACCUGUCCUGGACUGGCAACCGCGGCGCUCUCUCCCUGACCGGCUUCAGCAGCUUCAUGAAGGCCUGUGGUCACAACUUGGUCAGUCUUGAGUUGUCAUGCUGCCAUUUCCUGAAUGAGGCCUGCCUGGACGUCAUCUCGCAGACCUGUCCAGAGCUGCAAGAGCUCAACCUGUCGUCCUGCGACCGCCUGCACCCGCCAGCUUUCACUCACAUCUCUAAACUAACGAGCCUCCGUCGCCUUGUACUCUACAGGACUAAGAUAGAGCAAACAGCAAUUCUGAGUAUCCUGACUUUCUGCAUACAGCUGAGACACCUCAACUUGGGGAGCUGUUGUAGGAUUGACGACUAUGAUGUCGUGGCUAGUAUGCUGGCUGCUCGCUGUCGCUCACUCUGCUCACUGGACUUGUGGCGCUGCAGAAACCUGACAGACCGAGGAAUCACUGAGCUCGUCUCCGGCUGCAGAAUGUUGGAGGAGUUGGACCUGGGCUGGUGCCCGACACUCCAGAGCAGCACCGGGUGUUUCCAGCACCUUGCUCGCAGCCUGCCACGCCUGCGCAAACUCUUCCUCACUGCUAACCGCACUGUCUGCGACUCUGACAUAGAGGAGUUGGCCGCCAACUGCCCAUCACUGCAGCAUUUGGACAUUCUGGGCACGCGGUUGGUGAAUGCUGUGUCGCUGAAGAAGCUCCUCCAGUCGUGCCCUUCACUUCUCCUCCUGGACGUCUCCUUCUGCUCCCAAAUAGACAUGCGGGCGGUCCAAGAGCUUGGCAGCCUCUUCCCCAAUGUUGCAAUCAAGAAGAGUUUCACUCAGUGACCCCGGCGCUGUCCAGAGGAAGUAAGGAGGUGCUCACCAGCAAACACUGCCCCACAGUGAAUCAGAGUCAGGUGUGAUCCGAGAGGGGUUUGAAAAAACCUACCUGCACAAAGACAUUUUGGUGAUCAGUAAACAAAGCAAUUGGACUAAAAGCUCGGAUGAACAGGCUGGAUGUAACAAACACAGAUCACAGUAGUUAAAAAAAUUAAGAGGUUGGCAGAUUUUGUUUUGUUUUGGGUGUUUUUCCAACACUUGAAAUGAGGGUCACUGCAGUAAAGAUGCUGAAACUUCUCAGACAGAAUACAAACCAUCACUAAUACAUUGCCAAGAAACACAACUGUAAAAAUGGCCUUCUUACUGGAUGCAAGAAACACAAUUCAACAGUGAACCAUACGUGUGUUGUUAAACUAGGAAAAGAGCUGGUAAAUCAGGGCCUGUCAGAAUGUGCCGCAAACACGAGGGUCAUUCCGACGGCAUGACACACUUUUGUUAUUAUUACCAAAUUCAUACUUUGCUGUUGUGUUGAGAGAAUUUAAGGUGAAACCUAAGAAUGAACAGAGCCUUAUUUCACACACUGUACUGUUUUGGAGUGUGCCAACCCCGAACAUUAAUGCAAGUAUUCACUCAUUAUAUUUGUGACUGCUGACUCACACAAAGAAAUGAAAAAAAAACAACAACAACAGCACAGCAUCAAUUGUCCCUGAACCUGAGAUACACUAACAACAUGUUUUGUUUUUUUCUAGAAACAUGUUAGAACCUGUGAAAAACCAAACAAGAACAACAUUUCGGUAUAUUUAGACAUCAUUAGUAUGUAAAAGCUGAGGUGAAAAGAGAAACACCUCAGGCAUCGAAUCAACAGCGAAUAGACUGAGACGUUUGAAACAGAAGCAGUGAGAAGUAAUAGUUGAACAGACUUAAAACCAGAGAAAAGCGGCUAAUCCGCUCUUUGAAGAAGCAGCAAGUGUUAAACGCCUUGCUUUGCUUUUGUAAAAAUGACUGAAACAUUAAGUGAAUCAUUAAAAGAAUCCCCUGUCCAAGUUAGCUAAGUAAUCCGUUGUCUCAUCUGCCAAAGAGACAGGUCUGAUGCCACAUAUUUAAAAUGAUGCAAUGGUUUUCAUACUUUUACAUUUUUCGGCAGUCUGUAUUAAAGUACGGCCACCAAAGGUGCUCGUCUUUGCCACUGACCGGCUUAGAUUGUUAUUGUACAUAGUGUAUGAUAACAUUAUCAACAGAUUUCUCCCCACUGUAACCUUUGCGCUUAAGAGUCUGAUCAUUUUUAUUUAGCCAGAAACAAGCAUUUAUAAACUAGUGGUCCUUUCGAAUCCAAUAGAGUGUCCUGACGAAAACAGUAGAACACCAAUUUACUCUCCUAUUUGACUGUUUCUCAGGACACCUGUGACCAUUUUACAUCAUGGGGCAGAGGAGUUGUUAAUCCUUUAAGGUGCAGGGGGCAAACAUUGGAAGCAUCAGUGCCUCAUUGAACCUUUUCAACAUUUAAAGAAACUGAACUGUCCCUUUUAAGAAUGCCCCGAGGGAAUCCUUUCAAAUUUGGCACACGUGUCCACUCAGACUCAAGUGACUAAGGCGUAGUUAGGAUCUGCAAAGCAGGCAGUAAUGUAACACUAUGGUUGACAACUGCCAUAAAACACCAAAGAAGCAGAUUAGAGGAUAACAUUUUUAAAUGUGGUGGCCGAAGGUCAUUCCAUUUAAGUUAACAGGACUGAAUCAAAAAAUAAAGGAUCAUACUAUGAGCCUGUCAGUUGGAAAAAUCAGCACUUUAAAUGGUUGUGCUUUGACAGAGACAAAUGCAAUAAGCACUCGGAGUACAUAAAAUCCAUUUCAUGGUUACUGGUUACAAGGUUCUAUCUCAAUAUUUGAAGGAUUCCCAACAUUUGUAGCCCUAUUAAUCAUUUAGACCCCAACAGACGAGUCAGGUUUAAACAUAUUAUUGUAACUGAACUGGAAACUUUUGUUUGUUUUUUUCACCAGCUGUAAUUCACCCCGGGUUUAUUUCCGUUCAAGUCGACCCUUGGUUGAAAAUGGUGUAAUUCAUGAUUAAGUUCUUGAUUGUGUGAUACAGAUACUUCAUCUGAAAAAUUCAGGUCAGGUUGUUGCACCAGCCUUUUCAGUAGUAUUAGUAAUCAGUGUGGUUGAUCGUUGUGUAUGCUUAUUUAAUUUUAAGAGGUUUGGGGUUUUAAGGUGUAGAGACAAGGGUUUUGUCCACAAAGCUUAAUGAUGAAUGUUACUGGUUCCAAAAAUGCUUUUUCACUUUCUGCAGACUGUAACUGUUGUUUGACGACAGACACUUACUUUUGUGCUGGAGGGAGAGGAGAACUGCGAGUGAAGCUGAGCACAGUAUGAUAAAAUGACACAGUGUAAAUAUACUCUGUGUUCUCAGUAUUUGUCCUGGAUCUCAGGGGUUAUAAUCAUCUGGAUUACAUUUUUUUAAGACAUAUAUUUUAUUCCAGGAACCAGCACAGCACAGCUUAUCUAAAGACAGUCACACCACACAGUCAGCUUUGAGUUUUCCUGCCAUGUUUGUUGCUCUUGACCAACAAACACAAAUUAUCAUUUAGCACUGAAGUGACUGGAGAAAUUGAAGCUCAGUAAUUUUGUUUCUGAAAAUAAAUGUAUGUUCCGAACUGUUUAAUUUCUGUAAUGUUAUAAAGCCGCAGUUGCAAUGUGGCACGAGUGCUUGAACAGCUUUUUUUUUUUUCUUUUGUUUUGUUUUUGAGAAGAAACUUGAAGUUUUCUUUUAAGCACAUACUUCUAGUUUAUAUUUGUGCCUUAUACUCCAGUUUGAAUGUGGCGUGAUGUCCAUGUGGUAUAGAUUGUAGUGAAGUCAUCUGCUGUUAUUCUCUUCAACCAAAGUAAUACACCGAAAACCUGGUCCCACGACUGUGUGUAACCAGUUUAUAUGCCAUAAAUGUUGUAUAUCAGCCAUGUUAAUUAAUAUGCAAAAUAUCAUGUAUUUAUAUUGACCGAUGUGUUACAAAAAAAUGCUAUUUAAAUUCUUUAUUGUUUUACAAACUGUUAUUUUGUUUGAAUUACCCAGAGUCAAGUGAGAGGAAUGGAUUUUCAUGGAGAAAAAUGAAUUUCAUAUAUUUGCAUUCAGCAGCUCUUGUUUGGUUUGUAGCCUAAUUUAGUCCAAAUAAUGCUACAGAUUCAGCCUCAGUUGAUUACUCUCCUGGGGCUUGCUCGUGCCACAGUGAAGAAAAAAAGUUGAAUUAAUGUUAAAGAAUUUAGAAUUUAUCCAAACAAGUUUACUGCAGUGGCAGGCAGGAUUGUUAGAGAAAUAGUUGAUUCUUGAGUUUUAUUUCCAGGUUAAGAUUUUGUGAUUACAGCUCACUGUCUGAAACACUAUUUGGAAUAUUGUUGAUGAAUAUAAGAAAAAAAAUGAGAAGAAAAUUUUAAUUAGUUUAGUUUAGUUAGUUUUGUUGUUGGAGUCUUGAGAGAAUGACUUACAUGACCCUCUGAAAUUGAACAGAUAUGAUUCUUCAAAACCCCCUAAAAUGCUCGACUUGUAUGCAAUGUUGAAAUUAUUAUUUAAAUCAUUGGUUUUUAACGGAACAGUUGUGCUAAAACUUUAACUUUAGUUUGUGCAUCCAUGAUAUUAGGCUACUACUGUGAGUGGAAGGCUAAACAUUAUUUUUAGUAAAGCUGGACGACUUAAAAUGACAACAUUAUGUUUUCCUGGCCCACACAAGAUUAGGCAGUCAUUUCCAGUAUAUUUUAAGAUAAUUACUUUAGUGUUGUAUUUGUUUGCCACCUUGUGUUACUGGGAUGACCCUGCUUUUGUCAUGAAUGUUUGAUUUUUUCCCUGUCUGGAUGUGCGGUCAGGCCUUUUGUGCCACUGGUUGGACAUGCAGUGAUGCCUCCCCUUGCUGGACUAUGACAGCCACUGUUGUGUGAAAAGGUUGUGCCUCUGUCGCGUUGACACUGGUGCUUCAUUCUCACCAGAUUUUAAAUAAACUGAAGGCUGAUGACUGUA